CCGGUGUGAUUGGAGACAAGCAUUAUCUCAGUGGAGGAGGUGAUCUUUGGGAAGGUUAGAGGAGCGCUUCUCCAGCCUGAACGCGGCCAUGGGGUUGACAAGAGUGGCCAUCUUGGCUCUCUUUCUGCUGGUAGCAUGUGGAUCAUCUAAUGCCAAAAUUGGGGAGGAGAACCCGGAGUUCUGGAGGUCACAGGCCCGGAAGACUUUGCAGUCAGCGUUGGACAGGAAGCUUAACACCAAUGUGGCCAAGAACAUCCUGUUUUUCCUUGGAGAUGGUAUGGGAAUCACAACCUACACGGCGGCUCGUAUCCUCAAGGGACAGCUGCAGAACCAGACUGGAGAGGAGACAGUGAUGACCAUGGACACCUUCCCUAAUGUGGGACUAGCUAAGACCUACAGUGUGGACUUCCAGAUUCCAGACAGUGCAGCCACAGCCACAGCCUAUCUGUGUGGAGUGAAAACCAACCUGAACACCAUCGGAGUUAGUGCAGCAGCUCGCAACGGAGUCUGCAAGUCUCAGAAGGGCAACGAGGUCACGUCCAUCCUGAAGUGGGCCAAAGACGCUGGCAAGUCUGUCGGCAUUGUAACAACCACGCGGGUGCAACAUGCCACCCCAGCAACCAGCUACGCCCACAGCGCCAGCAGGAAGUGGUACAGUGACGCUGACAUGCCUGAUGCUGCCAAGAGGGACGGCUGCACCGACAUCGCCUCCCAGCUCCUCAAAAACACUGACAUAGAUGUGAUCAUUGGUGGUGGUAGAAAGUACAUGACCCCUAGGGGCACCAAGGACCCAGAAUACCCCAGGGAUUACUCCUCCAGGGGCAAAAGAAAAGACGGACGCAACCUCAUUGCUGAGUGGCAGAGCAUGAAAAUUGGAAAGAUAGCCCACUAUGUGUGGAAUAAAACUGAUUUCAAUGCUGUUGACCCUGAAACUACAGACUACCUCAUGGCUCUGUUUGAACCUGGUGAUCUGCGCUUUGAGGCGGAGAGGGAUCCAAACAUGGAUCCAUCCCUCGUCGAGACUACAGAAAAGGCCAUCCGCAUCCUCCAGAAAAACCCUAAAGGCUUCUUCCUGCUAGUGGAGGGUGGGCGAAUUGACCAGGCUCACCACGCUGGCCGGGCGUACAUGGCGCUCCAUGAGACGGUUGCUUUUGACUACGCCAUCGCCAAGGGCCUUGAACUCACCAAAGAGCAUGAAACUCUCACUAUAGUGAUGGCUGACCACUCCCAUCCUGUUACCUUUAAUGGAUACCCAUUUCGAGGGCAGAGCAUUCUGGGUAAAUCUCCGCUAUGGGCUACAGACAUGCUGCCUUUCACCACGCUGAUGUACGGCAAUGGACCUGGACACAAAAUCACCAACGGCAAGCGCCCAGACAUCCGCAAUGUCAGCACUAAAACUAAAGACUAUGUCCAGCUGUCUGCCGUACCCACAGAGUCGGCCACCCACAGCGGAGAGGAUGUGGCAGUGCUCGCCCGCGGACCCAUGGCCCACCUUUUCCAGGGCGUACAGGAGCAGAACUACAUCGCCCACGCCAUGGCCUACGCUGCCUGCGUGGGCGCCGACCUGAGGCACUGCCAGGGGCAAACUGAAGCACCUGUGGUUCACACCACGUUCACCAGGGACAGGAAUGGAGCUGGGGCAGCUCGUGGCUCAGCAGCUUUGCUCAGUAGCAUCCUCAGUGCGCUGGUGGCUCUUAGAGUGCUGAUGUAAGAUCCCCUUUCUUUGGUGACCCCGAUUAAUCUCCCUACACUUGCCACAUCAGGGAGGUCAGAGGUCAAGCUCAUAGAGGAGUGGGCAGGGAUUCAGUGACUUGCUCAAGGACACUUCAGCACUGCCACUGCAGCUUCUUGAACCAGGGUUAUGUUGUCUCUAGCGGAGCAUCUUGUUAAGACAGAGAGAAUUAGAUUAUCAGAAGUCACAAACUAAGAUAUGGAGUUUUCCUUGUUUUAUAAAAUCAGAAGAGUAAUUAUUUAAACUUCGCUACAAAAUGAAAUCAAAUUGACUCCAACACCAUAUUAAUAAGAACCUGUUGAAAAUCAUAAAUCAUGAAUCAUCUUGUUUUUACUUUGGCAGUUUGUUAUACAAUAAAGCAGUCCUUGAAUAGAGAGUCGGUUUGUCACUAUUCAGUAUAAACUGAUAUAUACAUA